AUGCGUGCGCAUGAACCAAACAAGUUUGGAAGGUUGAUGCCAUCCACAGACAUUUCCAUCAAGGUGGACCUCAAGUCCCAGGCUUUGUACACGGAUUGCCACGUGGAGAAUUGCUUGACGCUGGAGGUAGCACCGAGGAAUGCCUAUGGGCUGCAAGAUGCGAUCCGCAUGCGAAUCAACUGCAAGGACAAUGAUGCCACAACGCUUGGUUUGAUCGAGCUCUCUUAUCCGGCUGACAAGCUGGUGAACUUUCGGCUCAUGGCGCAAACCGAGAUGAAGACGGAGACAUCCAUCAACUGUUAUGCAGAAGAAGGUUCCCUGCCGGCAAGAAGCCCCAGGUCGAAUCUGUCGUGGCAGGUGCGGGAGCUCACUCCAAUGGAGCAGCUCCAUUUGCAUGGCCAGCACGGAUUUGGCACCAAUAUUUUCCGUGGCUUGCCUCCUCCACCUUCCAACCUAAAGGUGCGCAUCGACAUAGUCGCCCCAGAGGGCCUAUGGUGGGUGUGCAACUUGGGCGGCUCGUCGCGAAUUGGUGCUGCUGCUCCCAAUCAGAGAGACAACAGCUGGUCGCUGUGGACUCGCGGCAGCCUGUGCGGCUAUUACUGGUGGAUAGCAUCACCGACAACAGCCAGUGUCUUCGCCACCAUGGAGGUGCCGCGUGCGAAGAAAGAUGAUCGUCCAGUCGCGUUGUUGCUUGGACGUACAGAGGCGAAGCUUUUGCCCGUGGCUCUCCUGGGCGACGAGUCGGACAUGGUGGAAACGGCCCAGCUGAGUAGCAGCCUCAGCAGCUGGCAAUGUGUUUUUCAUCAGCAGAACUUGGUAAAGACAGUGCCAAUGUGCGCCUCGCACAGUGACAAUCUUAGUCCCUGGGACAUCUUCGCCAGCUUCAAUUGCGGCUCUGUGAUUGACCACCGUUUGCGUGAGGGCGACACCAGCUUCUCGAGGGUCUCUCCGAUUGAAGAGGUCAUGGGCGCAGGCUUUCCAAAGUGCGGGACUUGGAACACAUGCAGCAGCCGGGGUGAAGAGGGAACGUUUGUGCGGCUGAACUUGCCCUUGCGCAUGGCCAGUGGAAGUCCCGCUCAUGGAGUUUUUGCGCUGGUGCUCGAUGCCUUCACCAAAGCUUCAGCGGCCUUACACAGGUUGAUUUUCGAUCAGAGGCUCGUGCAGAUUUGCCAAUUCGAGGUGCGAAGUGGCUAUGACCUGGCAGCGCUUCGAGUGGAUGCCGUGGAGCCACCGUUGUGCUUGCCGCAGUUCGAGGCAGCCUGUCAUUUAGAGAACGGUGGCUUGGCGAGGCACCCAGCCAAAGUCGAUGGCUUUGUGGUCGGGUUGCACAAUCUCUACAACUUCGUUAACUUGGUGGCCGCAAGCUCAAUGUUUGACAUUUGCUGGCGCACUCGUAGAAUGAGCCCACAGGGCAGCUCCUGCAAGCAUGUCCGGGAGGCCGCCAACGCACUCCCAGUCCCAAUGGGUGACCCGCUUGCCGGCAUCACGUUGCUGUCAACUCUGCAAGAGCCUUGUGUCGCUUCCGGCAAUACCUUCGCUGAGAGGAGGAGUCUUGGAAGAUCGAGCCACGGGAGCCACAGCCAUCAUGGCCCUCCAGCUGGUGCGCACUGCGUGACGAGCGCUGCCCGGCCUGAAUCUGUACGUGAUGCUCGGGAGAACGGCGUCUCUGCUGCUAUCACCUCAUCUGGGCCGAUCGGCCAGGCUCUGCUGGAGAAGGUGAACUCGGUAUCUGCCAAAGUCGAAGCUAUCCUUGGCACACGCCGUGCUCCUUUGUCGAGCCGGACCCCGCAAUCUUUGGGCGAGAAGCUGGUGGAUCUCACAGAGCGCCUGGGACAGCUGGAAAAGCUGCUGGAUGAGUUUCGCACGCGAGGCGUUUUCAGUCCUCCGGUUCGCGUACAGCCAACCGUGCCAGCAAGAGCUCCAAGCACAUUGUCGGCAGAAGCAGCUGCAGAGGCUUCCGUGAAGGCUGUGGCGAAAUCUCUCUUGGAUGCUGCGCGGAAUCGCAGCCCCAGUGCAGCCAAGACACAAAUGCCGCCGUCCCACAUGCAAGUGGCACCACCCGCAAUUCAGGCGGUAUCACCUGGUUACGCAGUGGUGCGGCGGCCAUCGCAAGCAUCUCGCUCCACAACUCCUGUGACUACCUCCCGGCUACGCACACCGGGCUCGCUCCCAGGCUCAGCGUUGGGCUCCCAGACUAACUCGUUUACCAGCCCACCCUCUGGCGGCCUGACACCUCCUCCCGGCCUCUUCUUGCCAAUCACGAGUUUGGUUACUCCUGGCUUCGUGGCAGCACCCUGCAACGAGUCAUUGGCCCAGAAUGCUAACAGACACCUCAACGGCUUCAAGACUCCAGGUGGCUCGACACCGCGAACGAACUUGUCCUUAUUCUCCGGCACCGCGCUCAGCUGGGAAGGGCGCUUCUCCCCAGCGCCUCCGCCUUUCAUGCCAGUCUCCAGCCGCAGCCCCUCAAUCAACCGGACGUCUGCAGCUCCACCUCCCUUCCAGCAUGCUGCAACUGUGCAGCUUCCGCCAAAAGGGCAGGCUGUGCAGGAGGCGGAGGGCAAGAUUCGCCAAUGGCUGGACACUAUUCCUAUAGGCAAUGGCGCUGAGCGAGGAUGGGAUGAUGCUCAGAUUCGGGAGAUUGCGGAGUUCUCGUCUCAGCAAAACUUGGGACAUUUGACGGCCGAGCAUUUGUACCAGAGGUACGUCGAGCACCAGGUCGCCGAGGCAGAAGCUUCCCGCUGA